GUCGCUGGGGAAGUGACGUCACGCACUAUGGCGGCUCGGGGCUGAGGGGUGGGCGGCCGCGGGUGUCGGGAAUCCGUGUCCAUCUUGCUCGGGAGCUGCGGCGACCGUGUUGUCUGUCUCGCUAGUAUCGAGCGGUGAGACCAAAGCCGCGAUGCCAUCCGAAACCGCAGGACUGUGAGGCAUCAGAACGAGAGCCAGCAGGCCGGGCAGAGCAACAGAAGCGGGUUGCGGACGAGCCGAGCUGCCGCCAUGGAGCUGAGGGUUGGGAACCGGUACCGGCUGGGCCGGAAGAUCGGGAGCGGCUCCUUCGGGGAUAUCUACUUGGGAACUGAUAUUGCUGCCGGAGAAGAGGUUGCAAUAAAGUUGGAAUGUGUGAAAACCAAACAUCCUCAGCUCCACAUCGAGAGUAAAAUCUACAAAAUGAUGCAGGGUGGAGUGGGUAUUCCCACAAUUAAGUGGUGUGGAGCUGAAGGGGACUACAACGUUAUGGUGAUGGAGUUGUUGGGACCAAGUCUUGAAGAUCUCUUCAAUUUUUGUUCAAGGAAAUUUAGUCUCAAGACAGUCCUAUUACUUGCUGACCAAAUGAUUAGUCGAAUUGAAUAUAUUCACUCUAAGAACUUCAUCCACCGAGAUGUGAAGCCAGAUAACUUCUUAAUGGGCCUGGGAAAGAAAGGCAAUCUUGUCUACAUAAUAGACUUUGGACUAGCAAAGAAGUAUCGAGAUGCUCGAACUCACCAACAUAUUCCAUAUCGUGAAAAUAAAAACUUAACAGGAACUGCCCGUUACGCGUCCAUCAACACUCAUCUUGGAAUUGAGCAAUCUCGCAGAGAUGACUUGGAGUCCUUGGGCUAUGUACUGAUGUAUUUUAACCUGGGCUCCCUCCCCUGGCAGGGACUGAAAGCAGCAACAAAGAGGCAGAAAUACGAACGUAUCAGUGAAAAGAAAAUGUCUACACCCAUUGAGGUUUUGUGUAAAGGAUAUCCUUCUGAAUUUGCCACAUACUUGAAUUUCUGCCGUUCUUUGCGUUUUGAUGACAAGCCGGACUAUUCCUAUCUAAGGCAAUUAUUCAGAAACCUCUUUCAUCGGCAAGGAUUCUCCUAUGACUAUGUAUUUGACUGGAACAUGCUGAAAUUUGGUGCGAGCAGAGCAGCUGAAGAUGCUGAACGGGAAAGACGAGAACGAGAGGAAAGACUAAGACACACUCGAAAUCCAGCUGUACGUGGGUUACCCUCCACUGCUUCUGGCAGGCUUAGAGGAACGCAAGAUGUAGCUCCUCCUACACCCCUUACCCCAACUUCACAUGCUGCCAACACCUCUCCUCGGCCAGUAUCCGGUAUGGAACGAGAAAGGAAAGUGAGUAUGAGAUUGCAUCGUGGUGCCCCAGUCAAUAUCUCCUCGUCUGAUUUAACAGGCCGGCAAGAUACCUCUCGCAUGUCAACCUCACAGAUGAUGUUCAUUCAUGUAAGUGCUUGACAUUUACCCUGAAUGAUGUGCGUGUAAAGAAAUUUUUGUCUUUACCUUGACAGCAGUGAGAGGAUGCAGAAUUUUAGAGGUGGGGCAUUUUAACCUGCUCUUAUGGGAUUUAGCUCCUUGACUCAUUGAGUUUCUUAUAUUUGUUACCAGUGAAGAAGCAGAGUUAAGAGACAGUAGUGAACCUUGUUUCCAACCAACAGAGCAGAGAAUAUUGGUGCAGAAAAGGCAAGAAGGAUUUGGUGAAGAAUGGAAGGUUCAGUAGUGAAGAAACAUUGUAGUGCAGUGCUCUUAAUUCAGAGCCGAUAAGAGUCCACAUACAUGGAUGAUGGAUGCGUUGCAGAAGGCUCAUUUGAAGAGGAUGGCAGGAGGGUAAAUGAUAGUGAUUUGUAGUCAGCACUGAAAUCAUCCAAAGAAAUUUUAGGAAUCUUUCUUUUUAGGAAUGACAGUGUUAAGUGUGUUUCUAACUCUGUGCUAUUGUUGAAACAUUCCUUCCUCAGCAUAUUGACAGUCUUGUCCCAAACAGCAUGUGGCUUCACUUUGUACAAUUUACUUUCAGUCUUACAUGCAAAAUGGAAAUCAGCCAAUCUGUAGACAUUCUGCAAUGUUUCUGGGAAAGCAGUAUGUUAAGGGGACUGUUACAAUGACCUAGGGGUUUUUCCAUCGUGCCUCACUACUAUGCAGGAGCUCUAACUGCGUAAUUUUUGCCAGGGACUCAUUCCUCGUUGACAGAGCACGUUGACAAAAAUUUACUUCGUUCCUUUUGUCUUCAUUGUUUAAUUGGCCGAGUUAAUUACUUUUGGAUAGUGCACGUUCUUUCAUAUGAAAUCUUACUGCUGGAAAGAACUUUUUAGAUGGGGGCCAGGUGAAUAUCACUAAUGAAGACUGAGAGUGAAUGGGGUUGGAGAAACAAUUCCAUUGUGAUAAAAGCGAAGUGGGAUUUGGGGGGAAUUUUAGCUGAAUGAGUUGUUUCACCAUGUAGCUGCGCAGAUACUUGUGCUUGUGUAUGGGAUGAACAGUUCAUAAGCAGAAAUGACUGCGCAAGGAUAGAGGACAGGAGAGGUUUUCUGUACUGGCUUUGGGUACAAGUUUCACUAUCUUAAAUUGUUCACCGAACAGCUAUUCUUGCCACCAGAAAUUCUCACAUUGAAGUAUUUUUAAGUAGCUUGAAAACAAAGAGAGGAGAAUUGUGCAUAGUUAUGGAUCUUGUAAAUUUGCGUAAAUACCUGUUAGAGGAAUGUAAAGAGGGUGCAACCGGACUGUUCACAGCAAUAUCCAGUGAACGGACAAUGGAAAGUGGGCACUAAUUGAAAUACAGGAAAUUCUAUUUAGACACACAAAGAAACUUUUUUACUAUAAAGGUGGGCAAGGACUGUAACAGGCUGUCCAAAGAGGUUGUGGAGUCUCCCUUUUCCAAAUUACUUGGAGCCCAAUUGGACAUUGUCCUGAGCGGCCUGCUUUAGUUGACUGUGCUUUGGGUAGUGGGAUUGGACUACAUCAUUUCCAGGAGUCUUUUUUGACCUUCGGUAUUCUGUGAGGGUGUGAUGCAGACAUCUCCCUGAACAUGUACUUUAGCGUAUAGACGGUUUCUUGGAAAAGGGUGUAUGCCAGGUCUUUGUCAUUCUGAGCAAAUCUCAGAUGCUUUGUCUCUAUUAACAGUCAGAUAAAUAAGGCAUAGCAGUAACAGACAGAAAUGCAGUGAUGCCACUUGAUUGCUUUAGGUGAAAGUACAUCAUUAAUUUUUUUGCUAUGUUCAUGACAUGUUGCUUAGUGUGCAGGUGACAGUGUUGUAAACAUUUCAAGAUAAAAAUAAUACAGUUGGGCUUGUAGAUACAUUUUGGUUCUGCGUAUAGCUUGUAAAAUCUGAAUGCUGUGAGGGCAGUGGGCGGUUCCAUGAGUGAUCUGAGAUGUGUAGUUUGUGGUAUGGUCUGGCUUAAUGGCGUAUUCCAUACCUGCUCUUUUUAACACUCUUCUCCAAGUAUAGGAUUGCUUGGUUGACUUCUUUACAGUCUCAACAGCGAUCUAGUCAGGAUCUUCUCUUGAGUUUGCUAGAACUAACAGACAACUAACAAACUAUUAAUUUAAUUCUUAAGACAAUGAACCAGUGCUGGGAUCUACUCAUGGUGACCAAAUAAUAGUGUGUAGCUGUAGUAUAAUUUGAACAGAUUCCUGUGGGCCUGUUGCAAUUGGAAGGCAAGAGCGAUUUGCAGGGGGAAUAGGUUGGAUUGGAAGGGACCUUAAAGAUCAACUCAUUCUAACCCCCCUGCCAUUGGCAGAGAGCCUUCCAGUAGGCCAGGUUACUGAGAGCCCCAUUCAGCCUGGCCUUGAGCAUUUCUAGAGACAGGGAGUCCAUGACCCCUCUGGGCAACCUGUUCUAAUGCUUCACUGCCCUUACAGUAAAGAAGUUCUUUCUAAUAAAUAAGUCUACUCUUCUUCAGGUUAAGGCUAUUCACCCUUGUGCUGUCACUACAUGUACUUUUUGCAUGCUAUGUGAACAGCCCCUCUUGAGCCUUCUUGUAAGCCCCCUUUGGGUACUGCAAAGCUACUUUCAGUUCUCCCCAAAGUCUUCUCCAGGCUGAACAGCCCCAACUCUCUCAGCCUGUUUUCGUCAGAGAGGUGUUCCAACCCUGUCAUCAACUUAGCGGCUCUCCUCUGGACUCAUUUUAACAUUGCCAGUGUUGUUUGCAUGUCGGGGGCCCCAGACCUGGACACAGUACUCCAGGUGGGUUCUCACAAGAACAGAAUAGAGGUUGAGAUUGCCCUCUCUCAAGUUGCUGGUCACUUUUCUUUUGAUGCAUCCCAGGAUGCAGUUGGCUUUCGGCUGCUGGUGCACAUUGCUAAGUCAUGCUGAGCUUCUAAUCCAUGAACAUCCCCAAGUCUUUCUCCCCAGAGCUAAUUUUGAUCCAUUCUUCACUCAGCCCGUGCAUGUGCUUGAGGUUGACCUGACCCCACAUGCUGGACCUUGCACUUGAUUUUGUUGAACUACGUGAGCCUCCCAGAGACCUGCUUAUCAAGCCUGUUAAGUUCUCUUUGGAUGGCAUCUCUUUCCCCCCAGCAUGUUGUCUGCGUCACACAUCUUGUUUUCAGCAGAUUUGCAGAGAGUACACUUGUUUACACUGUCAUGUUGCUGACAAAAAUGUUGAACAGUGCCGGCCCCAAUACUGAGGAAGAAACACCACUCAUCACUGCUUUCCACUUCGACAUCGACUCACUGACCUCAUUUCUUUGAGUGCAACCAUCUGGCCAAUUCCUUAUCCACCAAGUGCCCCUCAUGUCAAAUCUGUAUCUCUCCAGUUUAUAGACAAGGACAUCACGUGAAACAGCAUCCAGUGCUUUGCACAAGUCCAGGUGGGUGACAUCUGUGGCUCUUCCCUCGUCCACCACAGCUUAGCCCCGCUGUAGAAGGUUGCCAAAUUUGUCAGGCACAAUUUACCUUUAGUGAAGCUGUGUUGUCUGAUGCCAAUCACUUCCUUAUUCUCCAUGUGCCUUAAUAUAGUUUCCAAGAGGAUCUGUUACAUGAUUUUGCCAGACACUGAGGUGAGACUGGACUGUUGAUCCAUGUGUCAUAUUUCCCUUUAUAAAACUGGGGAUUAUGGUUUCCCCUUUUCCACUAAGAGGGAACUACACUGGACUGCCAGGAUGUCUCAAAUACAAUGGAUAGUGGAGUAGCCAUUUACUCAGCCUGUCCCUCAAAAUCUGUGGAUGCGUGUCAUCAGGUCACAGGCUCAUGCACUUUCAGGUUCCUUACAGUCCCAAACCCGGUAGUCUUCCACAGUGGAUGUUUCUUCUUUUUCCCAAUCCCUGCCUUCACCUUAUGCAACUUGGGUAGUGUGGCUGAACACUUUACUCAGACUUCAGCUUGUAACACUUGAGCUUGUAAGAGAAAAUUCACUUCUCAUUUUCCCAGUUCUCACUUUCUCACAGACAAGAUGGUGCAAGUUGCAGGUGUUGAUAGCUUUUUAGUCAUUGAUGGUCUUAACAGUCUUCAUAAUACUAAAGUAGCUCUUAUGUAAUCAGAAUUUAUCCUUAGGUGUUAGCCAGGUUAACAGUUAUGACUCUGAGUUUCCAGUUAUCUUUAUACCUUGCUCUUAGGAAAACCUGAAGUAUUCAAGUUACGUGGCAAAGUCAUUAAAGAGAAUUUUUUUGGAGAGAUGUAAAAAGAUAGAGUCAUCUUUAUCACUUCUUAUCAAGAGAGCCAUAAAGAAUAGCAAUUGCUUGUCCGUGUCCAUUCCAAGUGUGCUAGUUUCCUUACUAAGUCAUAAGUAAAUGUACUACUGUAGGUCCAUUUUCAGCAAGUGCUUAAGCUGUACUCCAGUAGAAGGCAACUUUUGGCACUUGCCUUGCACAUCUGCAGAUGUUUUCUGUUAAGAACUACAUUCGUUAGAGUUCUUAUUUAUAACUUGGUAAGUUAGUUUUGUUACUUCAUUUACUUUGUCUUGGUUUGGUAAGGCAACGGCACAUCUGUAAUCUCCACCUCUGGAGGAGGAGGUGGAGCAGGAAAGGCUGCUGCUUGUUAAAUUCUGGACAGUGAAAUGCGCAGAGGUUGCUCAAACAAGGAAGCUACUUGCCUCUAAGUGGAGAUCUUAAAGAUGAUUACUCCAUGUGUUUAUCUUUCUUUUUUCCAAACUGAAUUCUGAUCAGGUCAGACUGAAACUGAAAAACUGAGGCUGUGAAUGCAAAUAAUAGGAACCAAAGUUCUCUCAUGAAAAUUAGGCAUUUUCCGAGAAAUUUGAUGCUCAUAGCAAAAUGGUGACUGGUAAGCAUAGCAAAAUAAGUGUCAUUUAUUCUUCACAUCCAAGAUAGUGUCCACGUAGCACCUAAGUCAUUCUUAUUAAUAAGACAUGCAGUAAUGAACAAUAAGUAAUGAGUGUUUAUUGAAGUAACAACUACAGUGUCUAUGAAAUGGUUCGUGAAACUUAAAUGUUUCUAAUGAAGUUAUGUAAAUUCUAUGGCACAUGUUAUUUAGUACUUUCCUGGAUUGUAUGAAGUUAAUGCAACAGCGAAAAACCUGGAAGUUGUGAAUUCACAGUGAUAAACAUCAGUGGGAGCUGAGUGGUUGAGUGCAGUCUAUUCAAAUGUGUAUACCUGCUGUACUCCAAAUUCUGUUUAGGAUGAAGGAGUGGGGGCCGUUUCACUUAGCAUUACUGUGCUAAGUAAUGACUGAGGAGGCAGGUGUAAUGUCGGAGAGGUUAGUGUGUUUUCUUAAUGAAAGGGCACAAUUUCCUUGUUGAAUCUAUUUAUGAUAUAGUAAUGAACAGAACUGGAGAUGUUAUUUUGUGUCAUUAGUGAGUUGGAUUGGGAGAACAGAUUGUACAGUGUAAGUUUCAAAUCUACUUCUUUCGGUUUCUACAAAAAGCAAGAAAAUAUCUUGAGGGAGUUGGUGUUGUGUUUGAGACAAUGAUUUUAACAGGAAUUUUUGUUUAAGGAGAAAACGUAAAGAACCUAUUGCUUAAAAUUAAAACCACUCACGAGUAAAGAAAGGACAAAUAGAAGUCUAAGUGAAAGUAGUUACCUACUAUUUAUUCUAAAAUAAGUAGAUCAUCUCUCCUCUCUGCCUUUGCAUCAAUACUGGAUUCAUUUCUAAGUGAAUGAUUCACAGUCAGCACUGAAAUCAUCCUUACUGCUCACAGUGACUAAGCGAAGAAAUUUCAUAUGAGAAAUAACGUGUUCAAGUGUAAAGCAAUCCUCAAUUGCAGGUCUGUAUGCAAUAAAGGGCUGUGAUCAGUGUUGCACAGAAAAUCAUAUCAGCCUUUUAAAGAUCCUCCUGCUCUUAAACUCUCCUAAGUGAAUUGUUCUCUAAGUCUCCUUUGCACAUAGAUUUUAGAGAUUAAGAGGUGUAGUAAAUGAGGUAAUGAGUAUUCUAGUAAAAGCUACUUUGAAUCAGUUCUGACGGUCCACAUGCACUGACUGCAUCCUGAAAGUAGUGAUCAACUCAAGAAUCUAGUUAUGGGUGAGUAGUCUUCAUUUCCUUCAAGGAAAGGUUCAGUCUGACUGCUCAUGGUUGCACAGUAAGUUGUUCAGUGUUUUUUUUCUUGAAUGUAGCAUGUUCAGCACCCAACAGUCAAAGCGGUAGUAAAUUCCUGUUGGUAAUAGAGUUAUUCUCUCCAUAGUCGAAGAAAAGAUUGAAAUGCUGCACAAAGAAAUAUUUGAUUAAGUCUCUUUGACAGAAGAAAUUUUUAGAAGAUUAUAGCCAGCACUGUCAUCGAAUAACUUAAGUGUUGUGCCAUACUUCUGCAUUUUCCAUGUCCAUAUCUGAAAAUCUUUCUCCACAUACCCAUCUUAAUAGGCAUCAUUCUCUGCAUUGUUCUUCUGACUUGUCAGCUUCCUUUGAGGAAUAAUGAUUUAUUUCUUUUACGUGCCUCUUAAUAUGAUGGGAAUGUCUUAUGGAAGUCUGAAAUCAAAGCUUCUCAAAAGAUAGAAUUGCUACUGCAAGUUCAGGUUGGAUUUUUGUUAAAGCAUCUUUAUAUAUUGGGGCAGUGGAACUGUUACAAAUUGCUGUCUUUUCCCCUA